AUGCUUGGAUUCGGUCGCCCUCGCCUCAAACAUAAAAAGUCGGUGAUUGAAUUUAUAACUGGCAAGAGCAUCGACGACCUUGCUACCCUCUCGGACCUCAGAUUCCUUCACGUCCAACUUGGCCUCCCUGCUCUUAUCGAAGACGAUCUAGACGAGGGAGAGCUUGCGGGUCCCAGCUCCGACAACAGCUCUUCCGUCUUUGCUUUUCCGCAACCACUCCAGACCCUGCACACCACUGCUCGCACGUACCGAAGGAUGCCUGCUUCCAAAGAGAGUGGUAUCGGUGAUGACCACCAGAAUGGAACUGUCUUUUCCGUCUCUGGUCCGGUCAUUGUCGCCGAGAACAUGAUCGGCGUCGCCAUGUAUGAACUCUGCAAGGUCGGCCACGAUGCACUGGUGGGUGAAGUCAUUCGAAUAGAGGCCGACAAGGCUACGAUUCAAGUCUACGAGGAGACCGCUGGUGUUACCGUUGGCGACCCUGUCCUGCGGACUGGCAAACCUUUAUCCGUCGAGCUCGGCCCUGGGCUCAUGGAAACCAUUUACGACGGAAUUCAGAGACCACUGAAGACCAUUGCUGGCGACACAAACAGCAUCUACAUCCCCCGCGGCAUCUCUGUUCCUUCCUUGGACAGGAAGAAAAAAUGGGCCUUCACGCCAACCAUGAAGGAGGGAGAUCACAUCAGUGGUGGCGACGUCUGGGGUAAGGUGGUUGAGAACAGCCUGGUCAACGAACACAGAAUCCUCUUGCCCCCCCGAGCCAGAGGCACCAUCAAGAAGAUCGCCCCCAAGGGUGACUACACCGUCGACGAGCCUCUGCUCACUCUUGAAUUCAAUGGCGAGACUAAAGAGUACCCGAUGAUGCACACGUGGCCCGUCCGUGUGCCUCGACCCGUCAAUGAACGUCUACAAGCUGAUUCACCUUUCAUUGUCGGUCAACGAGUCCUCGACGCACUGUUCCCCUCCGUCCAAGGUGGCACGGUGUGCAUUCCCGGUGCUUUUGGCUGCGGUAAGACAGUCAUUUCCCAGUCCGUCUCCAAAUUCUCCAAUAGCGAUAUCAUCGUCUAUGUCGGCUGUUUCGCUGCUGGUACACCUGUCAUGAUGGCGGACGGGACCAACAUGAACAUCGAGGACAUCACUGUCGGUGAUUCUGUCAUGGGAAAGGAUGGUAAACCGCGUGUCGUCCAGGCCCUUCCCCGAGGUGAGGACACCAUGUAUGAGGUUGGUGUCAAGACUCAGCAUCGGAACGAGACAUUUAGAGAAGUCUCGUAUACCUGCAAUGCCACGCAUCUUCUGGUCCUCAAGACUCCCCAGCAUGUCAGGAUCACUGACCAUCGCAUCCGCGGCAAGAUGCAGUCGAGCGUGUGCUACUUCACCUACGACACUCGCCGAUUCAUCACUGAAGGUGGUCUUCGUGGCGUGCGCAAGCUCAAGCAAGUCACGAAGUCCUUCCAGCAUGACACUCAUGGAGGCGGCAAAAAAGCUCGCCGCCUUGCCGAGGAAUUUGCUGCCACUAUACCUCGCGAGGAUUUCCACUGGACUCUCGAGGCGCGAGACGUUGAUUCCCUGGGUGUCCAUGUCCGUAAGGCGACCCAGCAGCUCAUCUCGCCCGUCUUGCUCCAGAACGAGAGGCUCAAUUCUCUCCUCGUCGGUCAGGGCUGCGAUGGUCGUCUUGCACCUCAGAUGGCCUAUCUGCUUGGUUUCUGGGUCGGGGAUGGCCAUCAUGCAGGUUCAAAGAUGUCGGUCGAUCCCAAUGAUGAAGAGUUGGUCGACCGUCUCGAAGAUUAUGGGAAGAAAUUCGACUUGGAGACUACAUUGGUCCGAAACUACAAGUACUACAAUGUCUCUGUCAAAGGGGUUCUCGUGGGCAAAGUUGCUGCCUCCGGGACUGAACGUGUCACUCAUUCCCCUCGCCGAAGGACUGUCAUGGGUGAAAUCAUGGGUGAAAUGGCCGACGGUGAUUCUGGCCUGAUCAACUCUCCUCUCUCUGGAAGGGGUUCCGGGGUCGAGAACGACGCUGUCGAUUUUGCCCUUCCUCCUCCCGGAAGGACUGUCCUGGGCGAAAUUGAUGCCAACCGCUCCAAGCCUGCCACUUCUAUCCCCGCUGCAUUUGGGGUUGCUAAGAAUCUCGGACCCAACUAUUAUGAGGGUAGGGACCUAACGGUCGAGCUUCGAGGCAAAGGCAUGUGUACCAAGACCAACAGGAACCUGAACACGAACAACAUCUUCUGGGAUAUGGUCCUAGCUACCGGUGUCCGUGGUCCCGCCGAUGGGCAGCGCAAGGUGGUCCCGCUCUGGCUUGCUUCCGAGACCUUCGAAGUCAGGGAGCACUUCCUGGCUGGGUUGAUCGACUCUGAUGGCUAUGUCAAGCUCAAUGAUAACGAGCGCAGCGCGACUGUGAAGACCAUCUACCCGGCGGUAUGCGAGGGUCUCGUUCGUGUCGCACGUUCUCUCGGCUUGCGUGUCAGUGUCUGCGUCGAGGAAGAGAAGACCGUCCAGGGUGUCUCGCACCGAAAGGCCUUCUGUGUUUACAUGAGUGCUGAUGGUAUUCUUGACUCUGUUCUGAGCAAGUGUGCACUCCCCAGGAAGACCACUGGCGAUCCCGGAAGUGUUGAGCGCAAAGCUCAGCCGGUCUACUUCGAUGUUGUGGAAAAACCCGCUGCUCCAUACUAUGGCAUCACUUUGGCUGACGACUCCGACCAUCAAUUCCUACUGAGCAACUUGAUGCUCGUUCACAAUUGUGGGGAGCGGGGCAAUGAGAUGGCCGAAGUCUUGAUGGACUUCCCCGAACUUUCCAUCACCAUCGAUGGUCGGAAAGAACCCAUCAUGAAGCGGACAUGUUUGAUCGCAAACACCUCCAACAUGCCGGUUGCCGCAAGAGAAGCGUCCAUCUACACCGGAAUUACAGUAGCUGAAUAUUUUCGCGAUCAGGGAAAGGCCGUGGCCAUGAUGGCGGACUCGUCGUCUCGGUGGGCCGAAGCUCUCCGUGAGAUUUCUGGUCGACUUGGAGAAAUGCCUGCGGAUCAAGGUUUCCCGGCGUAUCUGUCUGCCAAACUCGCCUCGUUCUAUGAGCGUGCAGGUGCGGCCACCGCGUUGGGCUCCCCUGAACGCAACGGCAGCAUCUCUAUCGUCGGCGCCGUCUCCCCGCCCGGAGGCGAUUUUUCUGAUCCGGUCACUUCUGCUACUUUAGGUAUCGUCCAAGUCUUUUGGGGGCUUGACAAGAAACUCGCGCAGAGGAAACACUUCCCCAGCGUCAACACCUCCCUCUCCUACAGCAAGUACACCACUAUCCUGGACAGAUUCUACGCCAAAGACCACCCUGAGUUCCCCCGUCUGCGAGACCGCAUCAAGGAACUCCUCACCAAUUCCGAAGAUCUCGACCAAGUUGUGCAACUCGUGGGUAAAUCGGCACUGGGCGACUCGGACAAGAUCGUGCUAGACGUCGCUGCCAUGCUCAAAGACGACUUCCUUCAACAAAACGGGUACAGUGACUACGAUCAGUUUUGUCCGCUCUGGAAGACGGAAUACAUGAUGAAGGCGUUUAUGCAGUUCCAUGACGAGGCGCAGAAGGCCGUCAGCAGUGGGUUGAGCUGGGCCAAAGUGAGGGAGACAACAUCAGAGAUUCAGCAUGGAUUGAGGAGCAUGAAGUUCGAGUUGCCGGAUGGUCAGGAGGAGGUCAGUGGGAAGUAUGACCGCUUGUUGCAGCAGAUGAGUGAGAAAUUUGCCAGUGUGAGCGAUGAGUGA